AUGGGUGUUGAUUACUAUAACAUACUGAAAGUUUCGAGAAAUGCGACUGAAGAAGAUCUCAAAAAGGCUUACAAGAAAAUGGCGAUGAAAUGGCAUCCCGACAAGAAUGCUUUGAACAAAAAGGAAGCAGAGGCGAAAUUCAAGCAAAUAUCAGAGGCUUAUGAUGUGCUGAGUGAUCCAAAGAAGAGACAGAUCUAUGAUUUGUAUGGAGAAGAAGCGUUGAAGUCUGGUUUAUAUCCUCCGAAUGGUGGAGGAGGUAGAGGCUUUAAGUUUAAUUCGAGGGAUGCUGAGGAUAUCUUCGAGGAGCUUUUUGGUCGAUUCAGCGGCGGCGGAGGCGGCUCCAGGAAGUUGAAGAAAGCGGCGCCACUGGAGAAUAAAUUGUCUUGUAGCUUGGAGGAGCUGUACAAUGGAUCAAAAAGGAAGAUGAAGAUCUCCAGGACUGUUCUUGACGACUCUGGGUAG